GUUUUGGCUCUAAGGGCAAUACUCAAAGAUCAAGUGGCCAAAAAACAAGUCUCGACCAACUACACGGAGGUUUCCGGUGAGGAGACGGUCGAGAGCACGUCAAUGCCGAGCUCCGACAAGCCACGUGGGCCCGGGAACGUGAACGAGAUAGGAGAAUGCAGCUACGUUCUUAACGUGGAAGACUACAAUCCGGUCAUGAUGACUCCAUACAGUUGGGCAAAUCUGCCAUAG